AUGACAGAGUUGUGUGUGUCGAAACAUCACCCAGAUCUGAUUAUGUGCAGGAAGCAGACAGGCAUUGCUAUCGGACGUGUGUGCGAGAAAUGCGAUGGUCGAUGUGUUAUUUGUGAUUCAUAUGUUCGUCCAGUAACGCUUGUCAGGGUCUGUGAUGAAUGCAAUUAUGGAUCUUUUCAGGGACGUUGUGUAGUCUGUGGAUCGCCAGGAGUUAGUGACGCAUAUUAUUGCGCUAAUUGUACGCGAGCUGAAAAGGACAGAGAUGGCUGUCCAAAGAUUGUUAACUUGGGAUCCUCAAAAACAGAUCUGUUUUAUGACGGAAAAAGUUUGAACAGGUUGAGAAGAUGA